AUGGAUAUUAAUGGCAACGCGUUCAUUAUGGGUGGUGGAAGCGGCAUAGGGAGGGCAUGUGCCCUCGGUCUGGCCAAAGAUGGUGCUAAGGGUAUUGUCAUCGCGGACAUGAAUCUUGAAGCAGCAAGCCGCGUUGCCGCCGAAUGUAGAGACAUAGCCACCGCUAUCAAUUUCCGUGCCGAGUCGCUCAAAGUUGAUGUUUCUCAGGAAGAGUCCGUGGCGGGGGCCACCAAGUACAUGGUCGACACCUUCGAGAGAAUUGACUACUGUAUCAAUUGCGCUGGGAUUGGAGUCCAAUUAGCACGAGACAUAUCGGAGGCAGACUUUAAGGAGUUUGGACGUUUUCUCCGGAUUCAUGUGGAAGGCACAUUCUUGUUGGUUCGGAGCGUAUCGGCCGCAAUGCAGCUUCAAGACCUCAAGCCGAUUGAUCCUGCGAAUCCGGGCCGAGGAGGGACUCGGGGCUCAAUUGUGACUCUGGGAUCUGGCAACUCGUUUGCUGCAGCUCCUCACUUGGUGCAAUAUACAGCCGCUAAGCAUGCGGUGCUUGGUGUGACCAAGAAUGCCGCCCUCGAUAAUGCAGCCCAUGGGAUCAGAGUCAAUUGUGUCUGCCCCACGUGGGUGGAGACGCCCAUGAUCCAAAGCGCGCGAGACGGAGGUGUGGAAAUAGACAGUUGGGUCAAGAGAAUGGUUCCCUUGGGUCGUAUCGCUACUGCGGAGGAGGUGGCGGACGCGGUGAUCUUCUUCUGCACUCCCGGACUUCGUCGCACUGUCCGACACAUCACAGGCCACAAUGCCGAAGGCAAAGGUGUCUUCAUCCAGACUGAUUGUGGUGACCACCACCGUAUCAUUGGCAACGAGCAGGCUCUUGCCAACAUCAUCUACUCAACCAAGGAGACUCCUGUCGAAAUGAAUGGUGAUGUUGAUCUCAAGUAUGCUAGAGAGAACGAACCUCCUUUGCAUAUUCACAAUGGUUCUGUAUGCCGCAUGAUUGACUUUGCUCCGGAUGUUAUUUCUCCCAUGCACCGUGCCGUCUCACUUGACUAUGGCAUCGUAAUUGAGGGUGAAUUCAAGCUGAUCCUCGACUCGGGCGAAUCGCGAAUCAUGCAUCAGGGAGAUGUCAGUGUCCAGCGUGCCAGUGCCCAUCAAUGGCAUAACAUCACUGGGAAUGGCACUUUGCCGGGCCGCAUGAUGUGGGUAUUGCUCGAUUGCAAGCCUAUUGUGAUCAAUGGCCAGGAGCUGAAAGAGGAGCUGAAUGAACUCCAGCCAUACUACGAGGGCCGAUGA